AGAAGUACCGACCUAUAAAAUAUACACACAGCUUGUGGAUCUGAUGCAGUUUGGAUAUUCCAAGAACUGCAUUUUUCAGGGAAAAUCAGAUGGAGGCAGUAGUUUUCCAGUCUCGAACUCUACGCUUUCCCAAUUUGGUCUCUUUUGGAAGGAGACCCAUUUUCGCUUUGAAAGAGAUUGCAGCUGUGAAUUCUAGCAAGGGAAUUCAAGUAUCUGUUACGAGCAAUGGGGGUGGAAAUGCAGGGCAACGGCCUCCCCGUAGAAGUUCUGGGCCAGGAAGGACCAGAAAGAAUGAACCCAAUAGAAACGAGGCAGCUGAAGACCUAAAAAAUCCCAAAUCAAAUAACCAGGAGGAGAUAAUUGCUCUCUUCAGAAAGAUUCAGACUUCCAUUGCCAAGGACUCUGCAACCACCAAAGAUGAAGAUUCCCACGAGGAUGAGAUUGGAGCCGAGUCUAUUUUGGAGAGUCUUCGUGAAUCAAGGAAGCAAGUCAAAGGCAGAACUUCAAAGAAGGCAGGAGUUAAAGUGUUGAGAAGAAAGGGCAUCUCUGAAGAGCCGGAAAUGUAUCAUACUUCGCCAGCAGCAGAAUUCAAGUUAGUUCGACCACCAUCUAAAUUCGUGAAGAGAUCACCAAUCCCAUCUCCCCCAGGAAGAAAUGGUUCACGAUCACAGCUUAGGGAGGAGCCUUCUCAGGCCAUAGCUGAAAGCAGGGAAAUGAAGUUCCCAAGUGUAGAGAAUAUGAAGCUUACCGAGCUGAAAGCAGUAGCAAAAUCUAGAGGAAUUAAGGGUUAUUCCAAAUUGAAGAAAAAUGAGCUCCUGGAACUUCUGAGAUCCUAAACCAUGGUAGACCAUUUUUAGGAGAAAUUCGUCAUGCCCCUGCUGUUCUUCUGUGCCGGAUAAAAUCAGUCACCACAGUAAAUCAUCAGUCUCUUCCAUUUUUAUUUUAAAUUUUCCCGUUGUGUUCCACUUUCUACUUGUUUCAUCAUGUUGUUUUGAUGAUAAAAAUGCAAGCUAAUCUACAGUGUUCGGAUUGGACCAUAAAAUUCAAAAAACAUUAAAUCUGAUGGAUGUUCUAAAGUCUAAUUCUCAGACAUAUCGUUUAUCUCUAAAGUCUAAAAUCAGCAGCGCGAUAGUAGACUGCCUCCACACGGGCCCUAAUCCUGGGGUGGCAAGGAUACAGACGUGUUUGCAUUCACAGUGCGCACACACAAACAGGUGAUUCCUUUUAGCAUUGACUGCUGCAUGAGUAUAAUCUAAUGUUUGGUACAAAAUAACCACAAAAAAUAU